AUCCCCCCUCUCUCCACCAACCUUCUUAUAGCGUCCAUAUAUUCGGCGCAUUGAGUGAAAAUGAGUUCACCGCUUCGAGCAAACAUGUCUUCCGCAAACCGUGGUGGUCCAAGCCUCAACAACAGGAACAAGCGCGCGAGAGAGCCUGACGAUGACUUGCCCUCCUCGGCGGCGCAUCCGCCAUCCAGUCCAAUGGCCUCUUCGCCGCCGAUGCUCCCCCAUGACGAAGAGCCCGACGUUAUGGAUGAGGACCAGCUUAUUCCGGAUGUCGACGAUCUUGACGAGGACGCAGAAGAAGCUGAGGGUAUCGAUCUCUUUAAUGAGGACUUCGAGCAAGACUAUCGAGAGCGCGAAAACGAUGCAUAUGAGGGCAUAGGCAUUGAUGACCAAGAAUAUGACGAACUCGAUCUUGCAUCGAGAAGAGACCUCGACCGGCGUCUGAAUGCGCGUGACGCUGCAGCCAGGAAUCGCGCAAUUCCUGGAGCUUGGUUAGGCGACGGCGAGGAUGUAGGUGAUCUGGCCGAACUGACGAGGCGGAGACCACCUCGCCGAUACGGUUAUGAUGAGGAUCAAGAUGAUAUGGAUAUAGGUGGGGAUAUUAUGAACGUGGAGUUGACCCUCGAAGCUUUGGCGGACGUAAAGUCAGCUAGUUUGACCGAUUGGGUUUCUCUCCCUGCUGUUGCCAGGACCAUUGCGCGAGAGUUUAAAUCUUUCCUCACCGAAUACACCGACGAGCACGGAACGUCAGUCUAUGGGACUCGAAUUCGAACGCUCGGUGAGAUCAACGCGGAGUCGCUGGAAGUCUCUUUUGAUCAUCUUUCGGAGUCAAAGGCUACCUUGGCAUACUGGCUUGCCAACGUCCCGACUGAGAUGUUAAAGAUCUUCGACCAGGUGGCCAUGGAAGUCACGUUACUCCACUACCCGGACUAUGAGCGUAUUCAUUCAGAGAUCCACGUCCGAAUGACCGGCCUUCCAGUUCAGUACACUCUCCGCCAACUCCGUCAGAGCCACCUGAACUGCUUGGUUCGUGUCACUGGAGUCGUCACCCGUCGUAGUGGAGUCUUCCCGCAGCUCAAGUAUGUCAAGUUUGACUGCACAAAAUGCGGUGUUACUCUCGGACCCUUCCACCAAGAUUCGAACGUUGAAGUGAAGAUCUCCUUCUGUCAGAAUUGCCAGUCCCGUGGUCCGUUCACAGUCAACACCGAGCGAACGGUCUACCGGAAUUAUCAGAAACUCACUCUUCAAGAGUCCCCCGGCACUGUCCCAGCCGGCCGUCUCCCUCGUCACCGAGAGGUCAUUCUGCUGUGGGAUCUAAUUGACUCGGCUAAGCCUGGAGAGGAGGUUGAAGUGACUGGUAUCUACCGCAACAACUACGACGCUGCUCUGAACAGUAAGAACGGUUUCCCCGUUUUUGCUACAAUUCUCGAAGCCAAUCAUGUCGUCAAAUCCCACGACCAGCUUGCCGGUUUCCGCCUCACAGAGGAAGAUGAACGCGAGAUCCGCAACCUCUCAAAGGAUCCUAAGAUCGUGGACAGACUCAUCAACUCUAUCGCGCCUAGUAUUUAUGGGCAUACGGAUAUUAAGACUGCUGUUGCACUGUCCCUUUUCGGAGGUGUCAGCAAAGAAGCUCCCGGACGCCUCGCCAUCCGUGGUGACAUCAACCUCCUUCUCCUGGGCGACCCUGGCACCGCGAAAUCUCAAAUCCUCAAGUAUGUCGAGAAGACCGCUCACCGCGCUGUCUUUGCCACUGGCCAGGGAGCUUCCGCAGUCGGUCUCACAGCCUCUGUCCGUCGCGAUCCGAUGACUAGCGAAUGGACUCUAGAAGGUGGAGCACUCGUACUCGCAGACAAAGGAACAUGUCUUAUUGAUGAAUUCGAUAAGAUGAAUGAUCAAGACCGCACUUCGAUCCAUGAAGCCAUGGAACAGCAAACCAUCUCAAUCUCCAAGGCUGGUAUCGUCACUACUCUCCAAGCUCGCUGCGCCAUUGUCGCGGCAGCCAAUCCCAUCGGCGGCCGCUAUAACUCCACAGUCCCCUUCUCUCAAAACGUUGAGCUCACGGAACCUAUCUUGUCUCGUUUCGACAUCUUGUGUGUUGUUCGUGACACCGUAGAUCCGACAGAGGACGAGCGCCUCGCUAAGUUCGUGGUAAACUCACACGGCCGCGCCCAUCCUCUCGUCGGCGCCGGGUACGGAUACAGUGACAAGGUCAAGCAAGCCGAAAACGAUGUGGCCAUGGAAGUCGACAGCGACAUGGUGCAAGCCAGAGAGGACCAGAUUCCGCAGGAGUUGUUACGGAAGUAUAUUUUGUAUGCGCGGGAGAAGUGCAAACCGAAGUUGUAUCAGAUUGAUCAAGACAAGGUGGCGAGACUGUUUGCGGAUAUGAGGAGGGAAUCGCUGGCGACUGGAGCGUAUCCAAUUACUGUCCGUCAUCUGGAAGCUAUCAUGCGUAUAUCAGAAGCCUUCUGUAAGAUGCGAUUAUCUGAGUAUUGCUCUGCGCAGGACAUCGAUCGCGCGAUUGCUGUUGCUGUUGAUUCGUUUGUCGGCUCGCAGAAGGUUAGCUGUAAGAAGGCGCUUGCAAGAGCGUUUGCAAAGUAUACGCUUAAUCGACCGGGUGCGGUUAGGGCGCCGGCGAGGGCGGGAAGGCAGAGUGCUAGAGCAGCUGCAUAGUUUUCUAACAUCUCAUUCCUGGAAGAUGGCGAUAUGAUGAGACAUGGAGGGGUUAGGUAACUUGGAGUUCGGGAGCAGAUAAUAUAAGACGUUGGAAUGUGAUGGGAUCGGAUCGGAUUGGCAGUGGAAAUAUUAUGUAGUUCUGUCUUCAAGGGGCUUUACUGGGGCAUUGAUACAUGACCAUAGGUGUUUGUGUAGACUACUGCUGGCGUUUUGGAUUGCUU